AUGGAGAGCGCCCUGGCGUGGAAGUUCGCCUCCUUGUCCAGGCAGUGUGCAAGCUUCGGCCGCUGCGGGCGGGUACUCAUCUCCCGCCUCCGCGGGGUGCAGCACUGGGAACCCCAGAUCCUCCACGCCUUCGAACCCCCGACGCCUCCGAAGACCUCAGUUCGCAGCUUUGGAACUCCCAGAAACGACGGUCUACUCUAUCACGGCGUUGCGGGGAACCCGGAGGCCCAGAACUCCCCUCCCAAAGAAUAUGAAAGUGAUGAUGACUUUUAUGACAUGUUAGAUUUAACUGAGUAUGUAAAAAGACACCACUGGUGGAAUCCAGUGUUUGGCCACAGUUCUGGACCUGUGGUAGAAAAUCACUCAGUAGCCACCCAGAUUGUAAUGGAUGAAGUGAGUGACAGGUAUGUGGGAUUUUUGUUCCAGAAAGUUGGAAAACUUGCAGCAACUGCAGUAGGUGGUGGCUUUCUUCUCCUUCAGAUUGCCAGCCACAGUGGCUGUGUGCAGAUCAACUGGAAGGGAGUUGAGAAAGGCAUAAACAAAGCCAAAGAACAGAUGAAGAAAUGAGCAAAUAAGGCAGCACCUGAAAUAGCAACAGAACUUGUCAAACAGAACCUUGUGGUAUCCGGUGGAUUUGUGGGAAGCUUUUUGCUAGGCCUUGAAUCUUCAGGAUAUGAAUGUUCUGUCAUUGUGGGGUCACCUCUGAGAAGUGGUGGUGACAAGAUGAUCUCAACAUUUCUCAAUGGCACGUUUUCCAGGAUGACAAGAAAUACCUAG